GCGCCUGCGCAGUAGGAACGGAGGCGAAGGCGGGAAAAAUGGCGAUGGAGCCGCAGCCGCUCUGCCCACAGGGGGACCCGACUCUCGGGGACGUCAGGGAACCGCCCACUGGAGAGGAGAGACGAGAAGAGGGCGACCGAGGGGCAGCCGGGCCCCGGGACCAGCUGCUGCCGCUGCCGCCGCCGCCGCCUCCGCCGCCAGAGGGGAAGACAGGCCUCUGCUUCUCCUCCCUGGAGGCCAGCAUUGAGCACCUGAAGAAGAAGGCAGAGGAGAUGAUCGAGAACAUCAACGUCAGCCGGCAGAAGGACCACGUGCUCAUGACCAACUUCCGGGACAGCCUCAAGAUCAAGGUGUGGGAGCUGGCGGACAAGCUGGAGGAGCGCAUGUACCGCAUCUACGACGCGCACAACCACGUGAUCCAGGGGCGGCUGCAGGAGCUGAGCCUCAAGCUGGAGCGCAUCGGGCAGCUGGAGGCCGAGCUGCGGCAGGUGUGCCGCUCGCUGGAGACCGUCUACCGCGACCUGUGCGCGCGGCCCGAGGCUCCCGUCUCGGAGAAACAGCCCCAGAAAGAGGGUGCCUACUGAUUCUGACGCCGGAACACCGUGGAAGUUGGUUCUGACAGUUGUGGGGGGCGUCUCGGUGACAAGCAAGAAAGCGGUUGCCUGCCUCAGCGCCCCAACGGCCAUGGGCCUCAGUUAACUAGUAAAUUAAAAGUUUGAUUUCUCACAUAUGCCCUCGUUCCAACUUCUUGUU